UUCUUUGAGCGGCACUUCACUGCGCGGGACAGCGACGGACGGUGCGCGAGGCAAUUUUUUUCGAACGAACCGAAGAGAAAAGCGCUGGCCCCCAGGAAAAAAAGUGUUUCCAAACAAAGCCCAUAAUUGAAGAGCAACAAAAAGAAUCGACUUCUGUAAAGGAUUCGAACAACAAAUACGAUACGCACUUUCCGAUCACGGACGAAAGUAAUUUUAGAAAGUUUUCGCAACUUUUGGUGUGCGCAAAAAGUUGUGUUGAUUUUCACUUUCUUGAGGAAAAAAAAUCGUUUGCGGCCAAUGAAACUUCAUUGCCAAUUGCGGUAAUCAAGUGUCGUGGUGAUUUUAGUGCAAUACUGCAGGACCUAACUGUUUGUAUUCCAACAACUGGAAGGAUAUACACCUUGAGAAGAAUUUGAGGGGUGUUGCAAUAUUUAUUACUUCUGUUGGCUGCGCUUGGUAAAAAAUUUUACCGUUGCGUGCCAAGAAUUGCUGUCCUGUAUUCUUGUGUUUUGUAUGGCCAUCCCCGACUGUAAUUUAUGAAGAGUGAGCCUUAUCCACUUGAACACCCCCUGGCCAUGCAGUACGAAGAUGGUAUGCCGCACUAUGGCGGGAUGGACGGUCCAACGUCCCUUUACGACCCUCACGGACACAGGGCAAUGCAGCCCCUCAGUCAUGCUCCACACAUGAAUCACACACCUUCUAUGCACCAGUACCACAGUAAUCAUGCGGGUGUUAUGUCCAACCACAUCAUGGGCUCAGUGCCUGAUGUACAUAAGAGAGAUAAGGAUGCCAUCUAUGGGCAUCCCCUAUUCCCUCUGCUAGCUCUGAUCUUCGAAAAGUGUGAAUUGGCCACGUGUACACCCAGGGAGCCUGGAAUUGCAGGGGGUGACGUCUGCUCGUCAGAAUCUUUCAAUGAAGACAUUACCGUCUUCGCUAAACAGAUUAGGCAAGAAAAACCAUAUUAUUCACCCAACCCUGAAUUAGACAGUCUUAUGGUACAAGCAAUUCAAGUACUAAGGUUCCAUUUAUUAGAGUUAGAAAAGGUCCAUGAGUUGUGCGAUAACUUUUGCCAGCGUUACAUCAGUUGCUUGAAGGGUAAAAUGCCAAUAGACUUGGUAAUAGACGAGAGAGACAGUAAACCCGGCGAUCUGGGCGACAACAAUAACAACAGCAGCAACGGAGGAGGAGGUGCAGGAGGUGGUAACAGUGGUGCUGGGGGUGGACGGGGUAAUCCCGAUACCACAGGACAUAGUUCUGACAACUCCUCCACUCCUGACCAAUCUUUCUUACCAUACCAGAGACCUCCAUCUCAGUCCCUCAACUCGUACAGCACAGGACCCGACGACGCACGGUCCCCAACGGGGUCAACGGGUACCCCUGGCCCCAUCUCACAGCAGCCAAGCUCACAGAUGAGCACAGAUAACAACAGUGAAGCUGGUGAUGCUAGUAUUGGCUCUGGAGAUGGGACAGGCGAAGAUGACGAUGACGAUAGGAGUAAAAAACGACAAAAGAAGCGAGGAAUUUUCCCCAAAGUGGCCACAAACAUCAUGAGGGCGUGGCUCUUUCAGCAUCUGACACACCCGUACCCAUCAGAAGAUCAAAAGAAACAAUUGGCUACAGAUACAGGCUUAACAAUACUUCAAGUAAAUAACUGGUUUAUUAAUGCUAGAAGACGAAUAGUGCAGCCCAUGAUUGACCAGUCCAAUAGAGCUGGAGGAGCUAGUGCUGCGUAUGGACCAGACGGUGCAGGCAUGGGUUAUAUGAUGGACGGCAGCCAACAGAUGCAUAUUAGACCCCCAGGUAUGCAAAACCUGUCUUGCAGCGAAGGUGCCAUGGGCAUGGGUCACAUGGGUGGCAUGGGAGGAUAUUCGCAGAUGUCCCAACUUCGAUCCCCUGUCCAUUCCCAAGCCAUGCUGCUGCCGGGACAUCCACACGCAAUGAUGAUGGCUCAUGGGCCCAUGGGACACCCGGGCCUGCCCCCUCAGGGCUCCCCUUACGAUGCUUCAGGGGGCCACAUUAUGGACAUCCACGCCAGUUAAGCGAGCACAACUUCACGUUCUCGUCUCUGUAUCCAUUAUUAUCUCAAUCUUUCUGCAAUGUUCCGCAUUCAAAGCAUUGGAACGAACAAAGCAAAAUCGUUUCGACCCGGGCUACUUUUCUUUUUCUACUCAUCUCAGUUACUUUCGCGAUUACCACAUGUAUUAGAAUAGAAUAAGAAAAAGAAACAUUUUUUCGUCUGUCAGAACUUUUUCCACACUCGAUGAUGUGUUCCAGUGAAUUUCUUUUAAUUGAAUUCGUGUGUAAAUCAUGUAGGUUUAAAAAAAAAAAAAUAUCUUUAACAUGUACAGUUCAGCCAAAAAAAAAAGUUUCUUUUUUUUUUAAUUAAAAAAAAGAAUAUAAUUUUCAAUUGAUUAAGGCUUUAUUUGAAGUAUCAUUAUUUCAAAUGAAAUUUCUUUGACAAUCGAAUGUCAUCUGGAGCUUCUUUAAUUUUUCAUUUCUGUAUUAUCUGUAGAAAUGCAGAUGAAAAGAAGAUAUUCCAGUAAAAGCAAAAUUAUAAUUUUUUUCCCCCAGAUGUAGCCUUCUGCUUAAAUAUAAUAAUACAAUUUAUGUGUUUCCAAAUGAAUAUAAUUUUUAAAAAAGUUAUAUACAUUUCAAUCAGUAGACGUGUCGAAUCGAAAGACUUUUGAUAAUAUUUUUCUUUAAAUUGAAAUCAAUGAAAACAAAACUCUUGGUCAGUGAAAAGUUUUCCAGGGCAUUAUGCUUGACAUGAAAAUGGUGAUAAAGUUCUGGAUAUGUGUUUAAUUUAUGGCAUACUCAUAGCCAAUGUAUCUUCGAGGUGUAUCUGGCACAGUCGAACUGUUUAUGUUUUUUAGUAUAAAAUCAGCACAUAAACAGAUGAUAUGAACACAUCUGUUGAAACAAAUCGAUUGAUCAAGAAGAAUGCUAUUCUAUAUAAUAAUUAACAUGGUUGUGUACAUUUCAAAAAAAUCAGUUUUAUUAAAAGCGAUGCUUUUUAGAAACUUAGAUUUUUAAUUUGUACUCUGGGUUUGAAAGAACCUGUCGUUUUAUAUUUUAAGAACGUUGUGCAAAAAAGCUUGUUAAAUGGAACUUGCGAAUUAAUAUGUGUUACUUGGAAUAUGUAUUAUUUCUACCAGUAUUUAUAAAUAAGUAUUACGUUUUAUUUUCUGAUGAAUAGUGUUUGAAUUGGUAAAUUUUGUUUAUUCUUAUAAAUUCAUGAGUUCAAAUUCAUUCUUGUUGAAUUUUAGCAAUUUAUGUUUAUUGAAAUGUAAAUUUUUAUUCUAUAUGAUUUGAGGAAGCAUGAUCAAAGAAAUAAUAAUUCCCCUUUUCUUGUUUUUUUUUAAUGUCUCUUUAUAAAUUAAAAAAAAUGAUAAAAUUUCUCUAAUAUGAAGAAAUCUAAAAACUAAUUUUGGACUUUCUAAUUGAAAAUAAAUUCUUUAAUUCAGAAUUUUUCUUCAUGUAUUAUACUUUUCGUGAGACAAAAACAAAAAAUAUUUCCCUUUGGUUUGUUUUGUAAAUGUCUCUUUAAAAAUUUAAUGGAAAAUCUUUAAUAAAAUUUCUGUAAUAUGAUGUAAUCUGAAAACUCGUUGUGAACUCUGAUACUAAUAAUAAGUUAAUAAGUUCUUUAAUUCAGAAUUUUUCUCUAUAUGUUCGUUUUUUCAUGGAGACAAAAAGAUAUAAUUUUUUUUAAACGUAGAAUUAAAUAGAAAUUUUAAUAAUUUUUAUACUGCAAUAAUUAAAUUUAAAUUAAUCGACGACAAAUGAACGAAAUUUUUUAAAUAAUAAUUUGUUUGGCAAAUUUUUUUUUUUACCUAGUUUUAAUUCGUUAUUUUUGUCGAAAAGUAAUCCAAUCAAAGUAGGAAGCCACUAUUUUAUUUCCAACAUGAUCGAAAAAGAUUUUCUAAUUCGCAAACAUUAAAUAAAUUUGAUGACUUUUUCUUUUAAAUCUAAUUUAACCCAAUUACUGAUUUAUUUUAUUUUAUUUUUUUCAUAAUAAAAGUUGUUACAUUUAACAGGUUUUUAUGCACUCUGUUUGUUGUAUACAAAUAUGCAAAGCAACCUGCAAUUUUCUUGUUGAAGCAUGUCAUUUUUUUCUCUCCACUCGUAUUGUGGGACUCUAAUAUUUGUGUAAGUUUUUCACAAAACUGUUGGGGGCUGGGGACCAUUUUUUUCUCUCCCCUUCAACUCCCACCAGUUCUUGUUCUGUACAGAUUACAGGUGGCAAUGCAUUGUAUGUGAGGUAGUGUUGUAAUACGUCAUUUCAAUGACGAUUUGUUGUCAAUAAUUAAAAAAAUGUAAUAAAUAAAGACAUGUUCCCAA